AUGAGGUUUUUCACCGCCACGGUGCUCGGGCUGCUCGCGCCCAGCCUGUGCGCUGCAACCAACCUUACCACGCCUAGUCGAUUGGAUCUUCCGUCCGGCUUCAAGCCCCCGCAGGUUUUCAAAAACAUAAAUUUGGUUCGCAAUACCAAUCUGGAAAAGAGUUAUGUACGGGAAACGAUCAAUGUUGUUGUGGAGAAUGUCGACAAGCAGCCCCAGAACGACUACUACAUCCCCUUCCCUGCCGAAGUGUUUGACCGUGUUGGAGGCUUCGAAGUGAGGGAUAAGAAAGCCCCCGAGAAAGGACGCUUUGAUGUAGACUAUACCAAAGCUGUACCAUCUGACGGCAACCAGUAUUUCGUCGUUCACCUUCCCGAGUCUCUGGCCCCGAAGUCGCAGAUUACCCUUGGAAUCUCCUACUCGGUGCUUUCCUCUCUCAGCCCACUUCCUGCCACCAUUGGACAGGCGGACAAGCAAUUCCUCACCUACUCCUUCUCCGCCUACAUGCCAUCCGCCUACACGACGGUUACACAGAAAACCAAGUUGAAGUUCCCCAGCAACAAUGUGCCGGAUUAUACACCCACGGAGGGUCUCAAGUCCGGCUCGGACCCCGAGCGCAAGGGCACCACAUACACCUACGGUCCGUAUGACACGGCCGAGGUGGCCCCGGGCACGGAGCACCCAAUUACCGUCCGCUAUGAGUUCACUAAGCCUGUCAUCACCGUAAACCUUUUAGAGCGUGACUUGGAAGUCUCGCACUGGGGCGGCAACCUCGCAACCGAGGAACGGUACUGGCUGCGCAACAACGGCUCGGAGCUGACCAACCAGUUCUCGCGUGUCGAGUGGACCUUCACCUCCUACCAGAAAGCGCCUACUUCGGCGCUUCGCGAGCUAACAUAUCCGCUUCUACCUGGUUCUGUCGAUCCUUACUUCAUUGAUGAUAUCGGCAAUGUCUCGACCAGCCGCUACCGUCCGAGUGUUGGUAAGAGCGCCGGUAACUUGGAGCUGAAGCCCCGCUAUCCGAUCUUCGGAGGCUGGAACUACAGCUUCCGUAUUGGGUGGAACAAUGACCUUGCUUCGUUCCUGCGCCGUGCCGCGGGUGUCGACUCCGACUCCUAUGUCCUCAAGGUCCCGUUCAUUGAGGGGCCUAAGAUGGCUGAGGGCAUCCAGUAUGAGCGUGUGAUUGUGCGCGUUGUGCUCCCUGAGGGUGCUCACAAUGUUCGUUUUGAGCUCCUUGAGGGGACUAACAGUAAUGGUCUUCCUGGUGCCAAGCACAUUUACGUUCACUUGAACACUCUCAAGACCUACAUGGAUACUCUGGGCCGGACCACCUUGACCCUGGAGGUUGACAGUCUGACUGACGAAGCGCGCGACUCCAAGUUCGUGGUUACGUACGAUCACUCCAUGGUCGACGCCCUGCGCAAGCCUCUCACCAUCUUUGCGGGUUUGCUUACAGUCUUUGUCGCUGCCUGGGGCAUUGGAAAGAUCGAUAUCAGCAUCAAGAAGCGAUGA